CCGUCCCUGUAAUCGCACUCAUAAUUUAAAAUCACUCUUGCUAUAAAUUACUCCCAGAUUUGUACUCCACUCGGUCCAAUAUCUAUUACUUAUACUUUAGCGACAGCAAUACUAUUUAUGAGUUUAUUUUCGGAUCACAUGAUUUUUCAUUGAUAUUCAGUGACAAAAACAUCGUCUGGCAGCAAAUUAGUUAACUUGCCAGUAUAGGCUUUCAUCAACAGCUACAAAGUUAAUAUUUAUCCAAAUUAGACGUUAGUCUUUACAACUAAACUGCAAAGAUAGUAGUUGGACCGAGUGGAGUGCAAUUCAGGGAGGGAGUCCUGUCGUACACUUCCACCAAGGAUCACACGGCACGUUCAUUGGCGCACUUCAAUCAUGUCCGGGUCAGCCAGUGUUGUCAUAACAACGGUACUCUCCAUAUUCGUCGUUGUAGGUAUCGUGGGAAACUGUCUGGUGUGUGCGAUUAUAAAGAGGCAUCGAGUUAUGAGGAUUCCCAUUAAUUAUCUUCUCGUGAACUUAGCUGUUGCGGAUAUCCUGUACGUGACGUUUAUCUCCCCGAAUGUACUCGUUAUCCAAUUUUCCUUCACCAACCUUCCGGACGGAGUGACUGGAACAGUUUUAUGUAAAUUUUUUAUAACUGGAACCAUAGCGUGGGUUGGAGCAGCCUCGUCAAUACUUACUUUGGCUGUGGUCGCCGUUGAACGAUACUAUGCAGUGGUUUAUCCCCUUGGUGACAAAGAAAAAGUAACCAUGGAUAGUCUGAAGGUGAUGAUUCCUGGUGUUUGGAUGUUGUCACUAUUUAUCAAUAUUCCGCCGUUCCUGAUAUGGCACUUUGACGAGGAAAGAGACUCGUGUGUGUAUAUUUAUCCUGAGGAGUGGAUGGCUGUGGGUUAUAAUUUGUUGUGGGAUGCCUUGGCGUUGUUUCCCCUUAUACUGAUGGUUGUGUCCUACUCCAGAGUCGUGUACACUUUGUGGUUCAAGCGGAAUUACGACUUUCAAAACAAUCAGCAUCAAAUGGCUGCGAUGAAAGCACGAAAGCGCGUCUCUUUGAUGGUUGUAACAAUCAGUGCCAUAUUUGGAAUCUGCUGGGGCACAAGUUCAAUUGCCUACACUUUAAGGGCUUUUGACCCCAGCAGCGUUGGUCCCGUCCCGAUCGCCGUCGCUAACACAAUGGUCUUGUUCAAUGCUGCUAUCAACCCGUUUGUCUAUGCACUGUUGAACCAGCAAUUCAGAGAAAAGAUGAAAAGUAUAGUAUGUUGCGCAGGCUGCUUUGCAAGGAGAGUUCGUCCCACUCGUGAACCUCAAGACAUGGAACUUGCCAACACCAACAACACUCAGUCGUCCCAAACAGCGUGAACAUGUUCCCAGGAGAGAAGAGAUCAUUGCUUCUAGUCAGGCUGGAGUCACAUAACACCCUUCUUUUCUUAUAACUUCCACCGGUUAAAAUAGCCUUUUCCGAUAUUACUCACGUGUAACAUGUCAGAUAAAAAUGAGUUUCAUUUUCAAUCGAACAAGAAAAGACAUUUUUAAAACGUCAUAUGCAUUAUUUCACAUAGAUUUAUUAUUACAGUAAAACAGGUGAAACUACAUAGCCUCGUUUAAUGAAGACGGAAAGUUAGACACGGAGUUGAUAAAAAUGAAAUCGUAUGUUAAGUGCCAAACAGGUCAGCUGAGCGUACUUGUGUGGACUUACAUUUCCUUUUAUUCCAUUAGAGACUUUUUGAAUGUUAGUUCUUCCGAAUCUUGGUAAGCAAUCCUAGGAAGAUGAACGUAUAGCAAUUAAUUGAUUAAUUAAUUAAUUAAUAUUAUUAUUGUUAUAAAUUUUAAGUGGAAAAUAAUAAUUAUUAACAGCUGAAGCCUGGUUUUACUGAUGUCAAAUUAACUUGUCUCUCUAAAGUCAAGGCAAUUUAGUUACAUGAUAAAACCACCAACAUAGAAUUCAUUAUAAUUGACACUUUGUCAGUUUUGUUUAAUUCCACUGAAGGUCUCACAAAUUUUUGCCAGGAUUGUAAAGAAAUAUGUCAUGAAUAACAAUAACCAAUGUUGAUCUCAAUUAUCAUUUUUUUUUUUAAUUUCAACUAUGUAUGGCUCCUUUUCUUCGGGUUUGUUAACUUGUAAAUAGUAAAUCUCUAGAAGUUUCUGGUAAAAUGCUUAGCCACACCAUAUCUAUUACGUACUGUCACGCUAUGGAACUGUCUACGCCAUCCUACCACAUGUAGAUGAUGAUGUAGGGAUGAUGUGAUGCUGCUCAAAUAGUUGUGAUGUAAGCUCCGAUCCCAGAUCGACGGUCUAGAAAACUUGAUAAUUGUAUAUAACAUUCGUGAAAUUAAACUAAGGCCUCGA